CGAUAACAACGGCAUAAAACUAACACAAAAUAAAUAUGUCCGUUGUUUGUUGCUAUCUGAGCCGCGGUUUUCAGAGUUGAACAGACUUUCUGAGGAAUGGAUAGUAGAUAUGUUUUGUAGAAUUUCAGAGGAACGACUUAAGUACAUUUUUCAUAUGCAGAAUCAUUCCUCAGAUUCUGCUCUUAGAUCUGCUCCCCUUCAGGAAGUAGAAAACUCAGUAGAGAUUAGUAAUCAGAUAGCAGCAGAUGAAACCAUACGGGGAGAGGGUGGUGUUGUACCGGGACGUGUCUAUCUGCCCAAUACAUUUACUGGAGGUCCACGUUAUAUGAAAACUAAAUAUAUGGAUGCGAUUGCACUGGUCAAUAGACUGGGCACUCCAUCAUACUUUUUAACGAUGACAUGCAAUCCAAAGUGGCCCGAGAUCCAACAAUCUAUUCCACAAGGUCAAAGGCUUAAUCCUUUAAUUUGUGCAAGAGUUUUUAACUUGAAACUCGCACAACUUUUGAAAGAUCUUAGAACUGGUGCUUGGUUUGGUAGAUGUAUGUAUAUUAUGCAUGUCAUAGAGUUUCAAAAACGAGGACUGCCCCAUGCCCACAUUUGUUUUAGAAUCGAAGGGGGCGGUCCCAUACAAAAUUUUGAGAUCGAUCAAUUUGUAAGGGCAGAUAUCCCUCCUCCUUCUGAGGCAGGUGGUAGAUUACGCAAGGCUGUGCUUGAUCACAUGAUACACGGCCCAUGUGGACCUCCACAUAGAACAGAUUUGCCAUGUUGGGAUACUGAAAAAAUGAAAUGCACAAGGUAUUUCCCUAAAUCUGAAACGGCUGUAACCUACUGCGAUGACAGAGGUUUUGUUCAUUUACGCCGUGAUAGUAAAAACCAAGCCACCAUUAAAUUUAGAAAUAGAGACGUAACGGUUAGUGAUUUGUGGGUAGUUCCGUACAAUGCCGCUCUUCUCCUCAAGUAUGACUGUCACAUUAAUUUAUUAGCUUAUUCCGCACGCGCGAUCGUCAAAUAUCUAUUCAAAUACAUGACCAAAGGUCCUGACGAAUCGCGCGUUACAGUCGUUCCCGAUUCUGAUAAAAAUAAUGAAAUCGAGCAGUAUGUCACUAAACGUUACCUUGGUUCUUGCGAAGCGACGUGGCGUAUUUUAGAGUUUGACAUAACAGCUCGCGAACCGAACGUAAAGCAGCUCGCCGUACACCUUGAGGGCCAACAAUCCAUCUUUUUCAAACCGGGAACCGAAGCAGAUGCCGCGCGCCGCGCUCAUUCGGACCUAAUAACUUAUUUUAAAAGGCCUCUCGGUGAACAAUUUGAUAACUUGACAUAUUUAGAUUUUUACGAGCGGUAUAUUGUUCAUUCGCGACGUCCCACCACUAGAAACGUUGAAAUCUUUGAAUUAAGCAAUAAUAAAUUUUUGACAAGACGGCAAAGGGGCGAAUUAGUAUCGCGUUUAUUCUGGGUCGCGCCAAACAGAGGUGAAUUAUUUUACUUGCGUCUUCUUUUAGCGUCUCAGCCGUGUCGUAGUUACGACGACUUAUAUAAACUUGGUGGUCCAUUGUGCAAAACUUUCCAGGAAGCUGCGAAAGCUCUCGGGAUCGCGGACGAUGAAGCGGAGUAUGAGAUUGCUAUGCAGGAAGCAUCUACAUUUUUGACUGGACCACGGCUGCGUAGCUUUUUCGUACUCUUAGCUGUGAAUGGGGUUAGGGUAGUUUCUUUGUGGGAUAAGUACAGACAUUUAAUUAGUCAGGAUUUUUUGCAGCGUUUAUCCGAUGACGCAGAAAAAGCGUACAAACUUUGUCUCAUCCAAAUCGACCGAUUAUUCCGUAGACAUGGGACGUCCCUUGUCGAGCAAGGGUUACCGGGCGUUAUAGACGAUUCAACCGAAGUAGGCCGCGAGCGCGUCGAAUAUAAUCGCGACGAAUUAAAUACCUUCGUAAGUAGCUGGCUACCAAAAUUAUCCCCCGAUCAAAACCUCGUGUUUAAUUAUAUUCACACUCUCCUGAGUGACAGCGAGUUCCGAAACUCUAACAAUACUGCCAUUUUUAUUGACGGGCCUGCCGGAACAGGUAAAACUUUGCUUUUAAAUGUAAUUACUGCACACGCACGCGGAAAUUCAGGAAUUGUCUUGUGUACGGCGAGUUCGGGUAUCGCGGCACAAAAUUACGUAGGCGGCAUUACGGCCCAUAGCAUGUUUAAAUUCCCCCUCAACCCCGUAGAUGAUCUUGGUUACUGGAGCAUUACCAAUGGUUCGCAGCGCGCUGAGCUUGUCCGACAAGCUGACGUAAUUAUUUACGACGAAGCCCCUAUGGCUCACAAAUAUUUAAUUCACCUUCUUGAUAGGUCUCUCCGCGAUUUGAUGAAUUGUAACAAGAUUUUUGGUGGGAAAAUCGUAAUUUUCGCAGGAGAUUUCCGUCAGAUACCUCCUGUCGUUGUUAGAGCUAAAAGUAAUUCUGAUAUUAUUAACUGUUCAGUUAAGUCCUCACCAAUUUGGGAGCAAAUUAAAAUUUUCAAUUUGAGCACUUCCCAACGUAACAGAGACGACCCAGAGUAUUCUGACUUUUUAUUAAAACUGGGUUCGAAUCAAUUGCCGGUUCAAACAUUAAAAGUAAAUCGUUCAGUUUUAAAUUUAGUAGAUUUAACUUCCCACCUUUCAUAUGUUACAGAUUUGAACGAUUUAAUAGAUUUUGUUUUUUCACAUGUAGUCAUUGUUGAACCGGACACGUGUGCUGGUCGAGCAAUACUCACCACACACAAUCAAAACGUUCGGGAAAUUAAUUCCAUAGUAUUAGAUAGAGUAGAGUCGGAACUUUUACACUUUUAUUCCAUUGAUAAAGUAGUUUCCGAAAACACAGAUGAAAUAUUUUUAGGCGCGGACGCGUUAAAUAAACUGCAACCAAAGGGUGUUCCAGAACAUGAUCUAAAACUAAAAGUAGGAUGCGUGUGCAUGAUAAUCCGAAAUCUUAGUUUUUCAGACCGACUGGUCAAUGGCACAAAAGUUAUCGUCGUAAAAACUACGCCGCGCAUAAUAAUUGUUCGCAAGCCAGGCGAAACAAACGAAUUUUUGAUUCCGCGUAUCUUGUUUAAAGCUCCGAUCGAACCGGACAGCCCCAUCGAAAUGACGCGUCGGCAAUUCCCCUUAGCUUUAUGUUAUGCCAUGACUGUUCAUAAGAGUCAGGGGCAGACUAUAAAUCGGGUAGGCGUAGACUUGCGGUCGGACGUGUUCAGUCAUGGUCAAUUAUAUGUAGCGUUAGGUCGGGUCCAAGAAAAAUCGGAUAUUAAAAUUUUAGUUUCGCGCGAUAAAUUAAUCGACAAUAAACUUUUGCUAAAUAAUGUAGUAUACCCGCAACUUCUUUAGAUUCCUUUUUUUAUUAUUUUUUUUUAUUUGUACGCAGUUUCUCGGAAAGUGUAAAUAUAAUUCACCUCAUCAAUCAAUUGACAAUUCUUUUGUAUGACAAACGAUUUAUUAGUAAUAUCACUGUUUAUAUCUUAUCUGGAUAAGAUAUUCAAUUAGACAUCAAGAUGACUGUCACUCGUACACUCAAAAGAUACUAAGAGUAUAGAAGCCAAAAGAGAAACUUGAGUGAUGCAAAAGUUAAAAUUGCUACGAUGGUGCUCACCACAUCUACUCGCAAGUCAAGUUCCUCAAGAUGAAGCAUUAAUAACGCAGCCCUGACAAAAUAAUGCAAAUUUGAAGAAUUCAUAAGCAUAAAAAGAACUAACUACUAAUUAAGGUAUAGACUAGAAGAAAUAAGAAAAAUUAAAAUGUAAUAUAAUACUUAGCUACCUACGUUUCGCUACUUCAUACUGAACUGAACCGGAGCCUGACAAUGCACCACACGACCUUUUUCUGAUUAUGUAAAACGCCAUGAAUAGAAUAGAAUUGAUCACAUCUCACAAGGAAGGAGGAGU